AUGCUGUUCUCUGAGGCAAUGGAUGGAAUGAAUCACUCUGUAGUAUCAGAGUUUGUGUUCCUGGGACUCACUAAUUCAUGGGAUAUUCAGUUUCUCCUUCUUGUCUUCUCCUUGUUGUUCUACUUUUCAAGCAUAAUGGGAAACCUUGUCAUUGUGUUCACUGUAACCUUGGAUGCUCACCUGCACUCCCCCAUGUAUUUCCUCCUGGCUAACCUCUCAGUCAUUGAUAUGGUGUUUUGCUCAAUCACAGCUCCUAAGAUGAUUUGUGAUAUUUUCAAGAAGCACAAAACCAUCUCAUUUUUGGGAUGUAUUACCCAGAUCUUCUUUAGUCAUGCUGUUGGGGCCACUGAGAUGGUGCUGCUCAUAGCUAUGGCCUUCGAUAGAUACGUGGCCAUAUGCAAGCCUCUGCACUACCUGACCAUCAUGAGUCCAAAAAUGUGUGUAUACUUUUUAGUCACUUCCUGGAUCAUUGGAGUUAUCCACUCAUCAGUCCAAUUAGUUUUUGUGGUAGAUUUACCUUUCUGUGGCCCUAAUAUAUUUGACAGCUUUUACUGUGACCUUCCCCGGCUCCUCAGACUUGCUUGCACAAACACUCAAGAACUUGAGUUCAUGGUCACUGUUAACAGCGGACUCAUUUCUGUGGGCUCCUUUGUUGUGCUAGUCAUUUCCUAUAUCUUCAUUCUGUUCACUGUUUGGAAACACUCUUCUGGUGGUCUAUCCAAGGCCCUCUCUACUCUGUCAGCUCAUGUCACUGUGGUUGUCUUGUUCUUUGGACCACUCAUGUUUUUCUACACAUGGCCUUCUCCCACAUCACACCUGGAUAAAUAUCUUGCUAUUUUUGAUGCAUUUAUUACUCCUUUUCUAAAUCCAGUUAUCUAUACAUUCAGGAACAAAGACAUGAAAGUGGCAAUGAGGAAACUAUGGAGCCGUCUUAUGCAUUAUAGAAAGAUUUCAUAAAUGGAUUGCCUAUGRA